AAGGGUGCGUCCCCGGAAGUUGACCUCCCGGGCCCCGAGUUGGCCUGCCCAGGUCUGUGGGUUCGCCUGGUUACCUUUUGGGGAAUUGAGGCCAGAGGGAUGAACAAGCAUCUGUUCUGAAGGGGAGGUAUUUGUAAGGAUGGAGCCGCAAGGAAAGGUUCCUUGCAUAUAUGAUGGGGAUCCUUUGCAGAUUCCUGAGUACGUGGGCCAGCUGGGAGACCAUCAGGACUCACCCUCCAAAGAAAGACGCUAUAAAUGCAGCGAAUGUGGGAAGAAGUUUGCCCAGAGCUCAGGCCUUGUGCGGCAUCGGAGAAUCCACACGGGCGAGAAGCCGUACGAGUGUGACUACUGCGGGAAAGCCUUCAGCGUGCGUUCCACCCUCACCGUGCACGAGAGAAUCCACACUGGCGAGAAGCCCUACACCUGUCAGGAGUGUCGGAAGGCCUUCAGCGUGAGGGCGCACCUCAUCAUCCACCAGCGGGUCCACAACGGCGAGAAACCCUACGAGUGUAACGAGUGCGGCAAAGCGUUUAGCGUGAGCUCGGACCUGAUCAAACACCAGAGAAUCCACUCUGGAGAGAAACCUUAUGCGUGUGACGCGUGCGGGAAAGCCUUCAGCGUGAGCUCCGCCCUCAUCAAACACCAGAGAAUCCACACGGGAGAGAAGCCGUAUGAGUGCAAGGAGUGUGGGAAGGCCUUCUAUGUGAACUCCGCCCUGAUUAACCACCAGAGGAUUCACUCCGGGGAAAAGCCCUAUGAGUGUGGAGAAUGCAGGAAGGCGUUCAGCCAGAUAUCAACCCUCAUCCACCACCAGAGAAUCCACACGGGAGAGAAGCCAUACGAGUGUGACGAGUGUGGAAAAGCGUUCCGCGGGAGUUCAAAUCUUACGAAGCACCAGAAAGUCCACGCCAAAGAGAAGUGUCAGCAGUGACCCCUGUGGGGAAGGUAGACCAGAGGACUUUUUGUGUGUCUCAGAAGUUAGCACCGAAAAAAGAGGGUAGAAAACAUUACUGUUUUAAAUUGAUGUGUGUCCCUUGGAAUGUAAGAAGUGACAAGUCAACGAAAAUUGCUCCAUCAGCCUAAGGACUGACCAAGGGUCUGAAAUCCCAUCUCCUUCCGAGAAUGCAGUUUUCCGACAUCUGUGAGAUGGUGAGUCCUGAGCAGGAGUCCAUAUCCAGCAGAGUUUUCUAGAAGUUCAACACAGAGGAAGAUGACCAGAGAUCAAAAUGGGAGCAUUCUUAUGGACUUCAUGCUGGACAGUGUGAUGAGCUUCUGAAUCGUUAACCCAAGGGAGGAAGGAGUCUGCAGCACAACUUUUGUUGCAUCAGGCCUCUGAGAAUAUCACUCCAAUAAAGGG